GCCCCAGGCCCUGCUUAGGGGAGGUUAUGAAAGCCCACAGUGGGCUGUGCUGCUCAGGUGAGCAACCGGCAGUUGUGUGCUUGAAACCGUCUUGCAGCCUGCUCUGCGGCCCUGCUGGGGAGGAUUCGAACCCGCUUUGGACAUAUUAGGAAGCUGUGAUUUCCAAAGCCAAUUAUGAAGACAUUUGUCAUUGGAAUUGGUGGUGUGACAAAUGGAGGGAAGACAACACUGGCUAAGAACCUGCAGAAACGCCUUCCCAACUGCAGCGUAAUAUCUCAGGACGACUUCUUCAAGCCAGAGUCUGAGAUAGACAUAGAUGAGAAUGGUUUUCUGCAGUAUGAUGUGCUUGAAGCACUUAACAUGGAAAAAAUGAUGUCAGCCGUUUCCUGUUGGAUGGAGAACCCAGGAAGCUCUGCGGGGCCAGCAGCCUUGGAAAGUGCUCAAGGGGUUCCCAUUUUAAUUAUUGAAGGGUUCCUGCUCUUUAAUUAUAAGCCUCUGGACACCAUAUGGAACAGAAGCUAUUUCCUGACCGUUCCAUAUGAAGAAUGUAAGAGAAGGAGGAGUACCAGAGUCUAUGAGCCUCCAGACCCUCCAGGGUACUUCGAUGGCCACGUGUGGCCCAUGUACCUGAAGCACAGGCAGGAGAUGAACUCCAUCACCUGGGACAUUGUUUACCUGGACGGAACAAGGUCUGAAGAGGACCUCUUCUCCCAAGUGUAUGAAGAUGUCAAGCAAGAAUUGGAGAAGCAAAAUGCGGUCCGACUGCUGGAAGUUCACCAUGUCUAUUCUCAGGAUCUAUGCCAGAGAGAUCUUUGACUCCUGUGGGAAUCCACCAUUGAGGUGGAUCUCUACACCUCAAAAGGUCUCUUCCGUACUGCGGAGCCCAGCGGUGCAUCCACUGGCAUCUACGAGGCCCUAGAACUCCGAGACAAUGAUAAGACCCGCUUCAAGGGGAAGGGUGUCUCAAAGGCUGUUGAGCACAUCAAUAACACUAUCGCACCUGCUCUGGUUAGCAAGAAACUGAAUGUUGUGGAGCAGGAGAAGGUUGACCAGCUGAUGAUCGAGAUGGACGGCACGGAGAAUAAAUCUAAAUUUGGUGCAAAUGCCUUCCUGGGGGUGUCCCUGGCUGUCUGCAGAGCUGGUGCUGUGGAGAAAGGGGUACCCUUUUACCUUCACAUUGUUGACUUGGCCGGCAACCCUGAAGUCAUCCUGCCAGACCCAGCUUUCAAUGUGAUCAACAGUGGUUCUCACGCUGGCAACAAGCUGGCCAUGCAAGAGUUCAUGAUCUUUCCUGUGGGAGCAUCCUGUUUCAGGGAAGCCAUGCGCAUUGGAGCACAGGUUUACCACAACCUGAAGAACGUCACCAAGGAGAAGUAUGGGGAAGACGCCACCAAUGUGGGUGAUGAGGGCAGGUUCACACUUAACAUCCUGGAGAAGAAAGAAGCCCUGGAGCUGCUCAGGACUACAAUGGCAAAGGCUGGCUACUACACUGACCAGGUUGUCAUCAACAAGGAUGUGGCUGCCUCCGAGUUCUACAGGGCUGGCAAGGAUGACCUGGACUUCAAGUCUCCAGAUGACGCCAGCCGGUACAUCACACCCGACCAGCUGGCUGACCUGUACAAGUCCUUCAUCCAGGACUACCCAGUGGUGUCCAUUGAAGAUCCCUUUGACCAGGAUGACUUGGAUGUUUGACAGAAGCUCACAGCUACUGCAGGCAUCCAGGUGGUGGGGGAUGACCUCACAGUGACCAACCCUAAGCGGAUCCCCAAGGCUGCAGGCGAGAAGUCCUACAACUGCCUCCUGCUCAAAGUGAACCAGAUUGGCUCUGUGACCGAGUCUCCGCAGGUGUGUAAGCUGGCCCAGUCCAAUGGCUGGGGUGUCAUGGUGUCCCAUUGAUCUGGGGAGACUGAGGACACUUUCAUUGCCGACCUGGUGGUGGGGCUCUGCACUGGACAGAUCAAGACUGAUGCCCUUUGCUAAUCUGAGCGCCUGGCCAAGUACAAUCAGAUCCUUAGAAUCGAGGAGGAGCUGGGCAGCAAAGCCAAGUUUGCUGGUAGGUCCUUCAGGAAACCCCUGGCCAAGUAAGGCAUGGGCUGGAGAUCCCUGGAGCUACCGGAUCCUCUGUCCCUGAAGUCAUCCAAGCGGCUCAAGGCUGGCCCAGUGCUUGCCCCUCCCAUGUCACUGCUUCCUUAGACAUCCACCCCUGACCACCUUGAACCCUCCUGGAGCCCCCAGCUCUGUAAUCAUGUGAUCCGUCUGAAUCAUCGUUUCUGUCACCUGAUUUCCCAGCCAGUGUCUGGAGCCCUCAGAACUCCAGUAUGACCUCUAGGGUGCCCACCGUCAAGACUCCCCCAGUGGUUUACAUGCAAAAAUAAAAGCUACAGAAGCCAUCCCUCCCCCCCAGAAAAAGAAUUAAAAUGGGAGUUAAAGAAAUGACUCAGCUGCUAAGAACACUUGCUGCUCUCAGAGGACUAGAGUUCAGUUUCCUGCUUCCAGCUGCCAGGAAAUCUGACACUUUCUUCUGGCCACCGGUGGCGACUGUGUGCUUAUGUACCUGCCCCCUCUUUCAUGAACACACACACAAAUAAACAAACAAAAAAUAUUUCUAAGUAAGGGUCUCACUACGUACCCUUGACUAGCCUUGAACUAUGUUGAACAGGCUGGCCUUGAACUCACAGAAAUCCAACUUCUGCUGCCCUAGUGCUGGGAUUAAAGGCAUGUGUCACCAUGCUCAGUGUAAUAAAAAUAAAUCGUUAAGAAGCGA